AUGGCCGAGCAGCCGGCCCCCGGCCGGCCGUUCCUGGUGGUGCUCACGGGCGGCCCGAGCUCGGGGAAGUCGUCGGCCCUCGCGCUCCUGAGGGACCGGCUCUCCGCGAGGGGGUUCCAAGUCCUGACCGUCCCCGAGAACGCGACGCACUUCCUCGCCAACAGCGACGGCUUCCAGCCCGAGUGGGCCGGCACGGACAAGCAGGUCGAGAUGCAGCGCAUCUUUCUGAACUUCCAGAUCUCACAGGAGGAGUCCUUCAAGGCCUUCGCGGGCCUCCACCCGACGAAAAGGGCCGUGCUGCUGCUGGACUGCUGCACCAUCAACUCGAAGGUCUACGUGAGCGAUGAGCAGUGGUCAAAGGUCCUCGGCCUGGCGGGUCACGAGCCCUGGACGGAGGAGGCGCUGUUCGCCCGCUACGACCUCGUGGUGCACAUGAUGACGUGCGCCAUGGAGGGGCACUACGAGUGGGGGCCCGGCAGCAACAAUCCUGGCCGCUACCACACGCCGGAGCAGGCCAAGGAGCAGGAUGGGCGCUGCUUGCAGGUAUUUCAAAGCCACCCCCAACUUCGUGUCGUUCCGCACUGCCCCGACUUCAACGACAAGAUCGAGAAGGUGGCGGAGUUUGUGAACGACGCGUUGCAGAUCGAGGGCCUCACUGGGCGCCGAAGGCGGAGGACAUGUCGGGUGGUCGAGGCCGAAGCAUUCGAAAAGCUCGCGCACGUAGGCAGUGUUUCGGCUUCGAUGGUCAGCUCGACGUUCGUGGACGAUGGCAUGCGGCAGUCUGUCCGGCGGAAGGCGCGAUUGUCGAGUCAGGUGUGGCUCGACGCGUACCAUUGGUGGCAAGAGCGAGGGGCCAGCGUGGCAGCCUCCGACGUCAUAGACCCCAGCAGCGGCUUGUCCUCGUGGGUGGCGAAGGCCAAGCACUUCUCUUCGAAGGCUACGCACUUCUCCUACGAGAGGCGUCACCAGGUAGUGUGCCCAGUUGCACAAGAACAGAGCUACUUGACAAGAAGGAUGAUUCCGGAGGAAGAUUAUUACCUUGCGCUGGACAGCAGGCCAGCCCAUGACAGGAAGUCCAGCACCAAAUUUGUACUCCGAUUUCUCCACGACUCUCAGUACUACGAGCUCUUCUUCUUUUUCGGGGGCAAGGACCUCGUUCUCGACUUCAGUGCUGAUGCCUCCGAAGUGCCCGUGUGUUUUGAGCUUGGGCAAGGCGAGCUGGAAAGGAAGGACUCCGAGUCAGAAGUGCCACCCAGAGCCAGCGCGGGGCCGCCCCCGAAGAGGCCUCGCAUCCUUCGUGCCCACUCUACUGAGGAGGCCGCUCUGUUCGGGGGCUGA